AGAUCCAGUCCGCACAGCCUACAAUUGUUCAAUUUCCAAAUCCACAAUGGCCCAAUCGACGAGCACCACCAAAGACCACUGGUCUUCCAAGGCCUAUACUAAGGAAGUAGCGCCCUUCGUCGCAGAGCUCACGACAGAAGUCGUCUCUCUUCUCGACCCUCAACCAACCGGUACCUCUCCCUCCCCCUACCCUCUUUCGUCUCACCCAGCAGACUAACCCCGGUAGACAAAAUCCUCGACGUAGGUUGCGGUGACGGCGUCCUAACGGCGCGUCUCUCCCAACGCUGCUCGUCGAUCCACGGCAUCGACAGUUCCGAAAACAUGUUAUCCAGCGCGAGGGCCCACUACUCAACUCCAAACACCACCUACACCCACCUCGACGCCACCCACCUCCCCCUCCCGACAACCUCCAUAAUCCUUCCACCACAAACCUUCACAAAGAUCUUUUCCAACGCCGCGCUCCACUGGAUCCUCUGCGUGCCACCCCCCCAGCGCAUCGCAAUCCUAAAAUCCCUCCACAGCCUCCUCGUCCCCUCCGGAACUUUCGCGGCCGAAUUCGGCGCCCACGGUACCUGCGCGGAGGUCCACGCCGCCCUGAUCGCCGCACUCGUGCAUCGGGGUGUUGCGGUAGAAGUGGUGCGCGAGGCGUGUCCGUGGUGGUUCCCGACGGGGGAGGAGGUCCGGAAGUUGUGGAGCGAGGCGGGGUUCGUCGUCGAAAACUUGCAGGUGAAACUUCGGCAGACGGAGCUACCGCAGGGGGAUGUUGGGGGGUGGGUGAGGCUGUUUGGGAAUAAAUUUUUGGAGCUGGUAAACGAGGGGGAGAGGGAGGAGGUUAUAAGGGAGGUUGUGAGUGUGCUCGAGAGCGUUGGCCGGGUGGGCGACGGUAGCGGUGUCUUUAGGAUUAAUUAUAUCAGAUGUAGGAUUUUGGCGAGGAGGGGAGUGUGAGUGUGAGUGCUUUUUUUUCUUUUUUUUUUCCUCGCCGCUUUGGUUACGGUACUACCGGCAGUUCUGAACAAGUUAAAUUAUGGAAGACACCAGGUAAGGUCAAGGGUGUUUAGAAAAUAGAACUUGUCAAUCAAACCCCUGUGACGCAGCGGUUAGCGUGUCGUUCUUAUACAGAGUAUUCUCCCAAUUGGGAGAACUUGUAUGCUAGGUUAUGCGAAAGUCGUGAGUUCGAAUCUCACCCGGGGUACUUUUUUUUGCUUUUUAUUUUAUCCUCCUCGUGGGGUGGGAGGAAGGGGUGCGCUGGGGGUACCGCAUGGGAUUUCGUUGGUUUGAGUCGACUUGUUUUUUUUUUUCCUUCCUCCUCUUCCCUGGGAGAGGCGGUUACUUCGUACAGCUGCCCACAUCCGUCAAGUUCUCAUGCCAUUCCAUUCCACCUAUCAUAUAAUACAUACACGAAUGAACGAACGAACGAACGAUGCCGUCCGUACCUUACAGGUAUUAUCUAUUAUAAUGAUGACAACAAUGGGACAAUAAGAAAGAAAGAAA